AUGGAUUCAAUCGACAGACUCAAAACUGGCUUCGCCGCGCUCCCAGAAGAACUUCGCCUGGAGAUCUACAGAUGGAACGCAAAUCGAGUCAGCCGGGAGAUCCAGCAAGCUGCCGGCGACACGUUGUAUGCACUCGACCGAGAGAAGGAAGCACGCCUUGUAGUGCACUGGAAGGGCAUCAAGCAGUUGCCUCGCCUCUUGCAACUACUCGCACAUACGUAUACAUGGGGUGAGCACUGGCUUGAAGCCAAUCCACCAAACGCGACAGAUGGUCAGCAAGAUUGGGUGCGAGUCAAAAAGUCAACUUCGCAUGAUCUCAACACACUACUUUACGAGUAUCUUAAUCCCAGCCAUUACAAGAGAAUUUUCAGCGAACUCGGAGAUCCAUCACGAUUACCUACGCUUUCCACACUGGUACGAGACUGGUUUAGUGAUAUUGCUACGAAAUGCAAUACCGCCGCCCCGAUCCCCCUGAGUACAGCGGAACGACGUCUCCUGAUCGAAUUCCUGGAGAUGACAAUGGACAAACUACGGAACCCAAGCACGAGCGGAGAUGUCGAAAUAUAUAUUACUGUCCCCACAGUAGACGCCACUUAUGCAGACCCUGACGACCAGACCAGGGCAUUGUAUCUUGAUGACGUAGUGGAAUACAUGUAUCAACUUUUUGAGACUUUCCGGACGCAUUUCCGAAUCAAAUUUCGGCUCGUUGCUGUCCUAAACACUCCGGCAGACGAGUUGAUUUGGACGCUGGUGGGUGAAGAUUACGCCAAAUUCAUAGAGCCAUGCUACAAUAUUGUGCAAAGAGAGGGUACUGGGGACUUUGAGGUCACGUUUAGCAGCAUCAUGCGUGUAGAUCACGAGGCACUAGACAUGGCUUGA